AUGGUGAGAGAACAUGGUGAAAGUAGUGGUAUGGAAAGAACGUCUGAGCAGACAACACCGAUUGCUGGUGUUGAUCGGGAGGUUGUUAUAGCUCGGCUGACAGACUUAGUUGAACGCCAAGCGCAACAGAUUCAACAUCUUAUUAAAAAAAGAAAUGCGGACAACCAACGUACUGAUGUAAAUCAACCACAACCACGAACAGAGCCUGUUGAGUUGGUGUCCGAGCGAUUCCGUAAACUGAAUCCACCAAUCUUUGAAGAUACUACCGAUCCUUUGGUUGCUGAAGACUGGUUGAGAACUUUAAACAAUAUGUUCCAAUAUAGCAGAAUUCCAGAUACAGAGAAGGUUUUGUGUGUUUCCUUCAUGUUAUGUGGUAGUGCGGGACACUGGUGGGACACAGUCAAAAAUAUCGAAGAUGUUGCUGUAAUGACCUGGGAGAGGUUCAAGGAAAUUUUCAGAAAUAAAUACUUCACUGCUCCAAUCAGAAUCAUGAAGAUGAAUGAAUUCAUACAGUUGAAACAGGGAACCAUGACUGUUACAGACUACCUUGUAAAUUUGAGCAGUUAUCUAGGCUUGAGGCCUGACCUUUAUAGAGAUGUGAGUAUGGAGGAAACUCAAGGAAUGAGUUAUGCACGAGUUGCAGAGAGAGCACAAACUGCUGAACAAGCUGAGAUACGAAUAAAACAUGCACAAGAGAUGAGACGUCAUUUUCAGCAGCGGCAAGCACCACAGUGGGGUGGAAAUAAUAGAAAAAGGGCAUGGCAACCUCAAUCAUCACGACCAUUCCAACCACGACAAGGACAGAGACCUGAACAAGGAGGACUAGAUAAAUGUCCCAGGGUGGAGCAAAGAGGAGUACCACUACCGCCACCAUCACCACCACGACCUCUGUGUCGAAAUUGUGGUAAAUCACAUUUUGGGAUUUGUCGUGAUGAACCGAAAACUUGUUCUUCUUUCGGACAAAGGGGACAUAUGACUAGUAUGUGUCCGAGAGCACAAAAGGACCAAGGGAGAGUACCAGCGCGAGUUUUUACGAUGACAAAGAAAGAUGCAGAAGAAAAUCCAGUUGUCACCGGUAAGCUUUCUAUCUUCGGUACUUUGACUUAUGUGUUAUUUGAUUUUGGGGCUACACAUUCUUUUGCAUCCAUUGAGUAUGUGAGAAAACUGGGUAGAGCACCUAACUUAACUGAGGCUAAAUUCGAUGUGAUGAUUCCUUCUGGUGAUACAAAACAAACGAAUCAGAUCCUGCGAGGAUGUGUUAUUCCUAUAGAAGGUAGAGAAUUAUAUGCUGAUUUGAUCGUUCUGGACAUAAAUGAUUAUGAUGUGAUAUUGGGUAUGGAUUGGUUAUCGAAAUAUGGUGCUACAAUCAACUGUUAG